AUGCAGGGCGAGGCUUUUGAAUUAGAUCUUCUACAAAAAGCUCUUCGUGAUGUGUCUGCCAUUACACGCAGGCUCUAUGGCCUCAUGUUUCCCGUAGAGAUGACUGAAUGGCUGUUUCUACACGCUACCCAGGCUGCAAGUUUGCUUGAACUGGCCGCGUUUGCUUUUGCAAUGCUUGGAUCCCGAUCUCCCUUGAAAUCUGGAGAUGGCUUUCAGCAAAAAGCGCACGUGGUUGGGCAGCACUUGCUUCAGGUUCAGAACUUCUUCAUCGUGUGUUCUGCUUGGAAUGCCUUCCUGUCCUCUCGAACUCUGUUAAUGAGUUGUGCUCCAGCCACCAGUCGAGUGAAGCAGCUGUACGCCAGGCUGGAUGCCCUGGAGCAUGGGCACCAUGGACAUCCGAAGGCCACGGCGCAAGCAGCGAAGCCAAAACCGGAGGAGCUGCGGGAAGCGGAAACGCCUGGUGGAGGGCACGCGCACACUGCGCAUGCUGGGUUCGGCCAGGGGCUGAGCCAGGAGCUGUAUCGGCGCACCACCGCUGCAGUGAAGUCACGCUGGAGGAGUGCGUCAGCACGGCUCUGGGCCACUCUGCAGCUGGGCCUUUUGACGUCGGGCCGAAGGCGAACGAUCUUGCAGAAAGUGGGAUUGAUGUUGCUACUACUCCAUGCCCGGACCAAUCUUUACUGGCGAUUCUGUCAGACUCUUUCGGGUUCUCUGAAAGCCUUACUGUCACCGAAGCCCAGUGCCAUGGCCAAAGAGCUACUUUUGGGUGCAGUGCUAGCGGUGACAGGAGGCUUUGCAGAUCAGGUGCUCCGAUAUCAGGCCAAACUGGCCACCCUGGAGCUCUGGAGUGGUGCCAUGGGUCAUUUGCAGCGGAAGUUGCUCCGGGAGCAUACCUUACUGCGCGUUAGCCAGGAGGUUUCCGAGCCCAUGCAGCGACUGGCAGAGAUCCAACAUCUCUUCGAGGGUUUAGGCUCCAGCGCCUGUGAGGCGCUCUUGGCUGCGUCACAGCUGAUUUUUUUGGCACCGCUGCUGCUGCGAAACUUGCACAGUUGGUCACUGCUCUUUGUGGCCCAUUUCUUGCUGCUGAGAUUACUUCAAUGCUGUGACGCAUGGGAAAACCACGAGAAGAACUCGCACUCACAAGGCAACAAAAGUUUGGAGGAUCAGUUUGAGGCGUUGAUCGAGGCCGACAUUGAGCUGCCGUCCUGGGGGUUGUAUCGCUUGGCGUUGACGCUGGGAGAUUUUCAGCAGAUGCCAUCCUGGGUUCUUCGCUGGCUGUCGUUUAAAGUUGAUAGCUUUUCCGGUGAAUCCAUGGACUUGGCCGAGACUUUUUUGCUGGAUAGGAUGAUGCAAAACAGCUUCAUAGCGGUGCAGCAGCUCUCCAAGAUGGUGGAGAAAUUUGGGCGCCUGGACGCCCAGAGCCUGCGCUGCUUGGAGCUGGUGAUGGCCGUGGAGACCACGGGCCCAACGGGCCGCCUUCGGGCCACGGCGGCCACGGAGACGGAGACGGAGACCGUGGCGAAUGCGGCGAAUGCGUUGCCGGCGACGGUAACGAAUGGCGUGCUGCAGUUCUUUGAGGAGGAACUGCUGGAUGAAGAUGGAUUAACUUUGCUUGCGCAUGGGCUGCGCUUUGACCUGUCUGUGAAGCAGCCGCUGCUCAUCUGCGGCCCCAGUGGAUAUCAGCAACCCAUGCUGCAGCUGCUGCUGGGGAUGAAUCGCAGCACCAUGAUGCCACGGCAGACGCUGAUGCUGGUGAGCAAGGAGCCAUACGUGCCCGGCCAUUGCAGGCUGCUGGCCCAGCUGGCAUAUCCUGUGCAGCUGCGCCUGCCAUCCCAUGCGCCCUUCACCGUCCAGGUGCCGUUGCUGCAUGAACACAUCAGUGAGGUUGAGCUGCGACAACACUUUGCUCGAUUGGGAGCCUCCAGUUGCCAGGUGGUGGUGGAAGGCGGUGAUCGCAAGGGGCUCGUCCACUUCAGUACCUUUGAAGAUACCAUCAAAGCCGUUGCCAGGCCUCAAGACCGGGUCAUUGGUGGCACUGAACUGCAGUGUGAGAUCGCUGGAGAGAGUUCGGAGUCUCCACAACUGCAUCGGAUGCGCCAAUGUUUGAUUGCCACACAGAUAGACCAUCUCCUCACCAGAGAAGCCGAUGGUUGGUUCGCCCGCAGAUCUUGGCCAGAUGUCCUCACGCGCGAUGAGCAGCAAAGACUGGGCAUUGCUCGAGUGCUUUAUCAGCAGCCCAGCUUUUGCGUCUUGGAGGAUCCCAUGUCUUUGGAGCUGCAGCUUCAUCAGCUCUUACUGCGCCAUGGGGUGACACCUGUGGCUCUGGCGUCCCAACCAUGUCUGGGAGAGGUCUACCGACGCCAGCUUCAUGUGGGGCUUCCUGAGAUCGCCGAUGGCUGGAGGCUGAGGCCAUAGAUCACCAAAAAUUGACCUCCGGCGCGUUG